AAAUGGAAUAAUUCGUUCAAUAGCUGUUUUUAUUUUGUUGUAAAUUCGUAUCGUAUACAAAUUUACCUGAAACCUAAAUACAGAUUUCACUUAGAAACUAAUAACUAAAUUAUGUUAAUAUGGCUACUCCAACUCCAGAUACACCGGAAAACUAUGAUCAGUUCGAGGACGACGAGUCAGAGCAGCAGCUCGGAGCCACAGCCUCCGGUCGAAAGAGACUAUUCAGUAAAGAGCUUCGUUGCAUGAUGUAUGGCUUUGGAGACGAUCAAAACCCAUAUACUGAAAGUGUAGACUUUUUAGAAGAUCUGGUUAUAGAAUUUAUAACAGAAACUACUCACAAAGCAAUGGAAGUGGGAAGAACAGGAAGAGUACAAGUAGAAGAUAUAAUAUUUUUAGUUCGUAAGGAUCCUAGGAAAUAUGCCCGUGUCAAAGAUUUGCUCACUAUGAAUGAGGAACUAAAGAAAGCUAGAAAGGCUUUUGAUGAAGUCAAAUAUGUUGAAGAUCAACAAUAAUAAGGUGGACAUCGGUCACCAUGCUUCUAAGACUGAUAAUGAAUGACUAUGAAAAUAAAUGGCUAUGAAAGGUUUUUUAAACCAAAAUAUCCUCUUUACUACAUCAAAAGCAUUCCGCUAGUAAGUUUUGAAUAAAAUAAUGA